AUGGAGAACACAGUACAUUGUUUGGUGUUAUCAUUUCCAGCUCAAGGUCACAUUAACCCUAUGCUACAAUUCUCCAAACUCUUACAACAAGAAGGAAUAAAAAUAACCCUAUCAACAACCAUUUUCUUUGGCAAUAAGUUACACAAACUACCACCUUCCAUUACUCUCGAAACCAUUUCCGACGGCUUCGAUUCCGGCGGAUUUAGCGAAGCAAAGAGUUUUAGGGCAUAUUUGGAUCAUUUCUUGCAAGUAGGACCACAAAAUCUUGAAAAACUCAUUGAGAGACUCGGUAGAACAAACAACCCUAUUGAUUGUGUUAUUUAUGAUGCAUUCUAUCCUUGGGUUCUUGAUGUUACAAAGAAACUUGGAAUUGUUGGAGUUCCUUUUCUAACUCAAAAUGCUGGUGUUAAUAGUAUAUACUAUCAUGUUCUUGUAGGAAAAUUACGAGUUCCUCUCGACGUGGAAGAGGUUUCUCUUCCUGAGUUACCUCGUCUACGUCGAAGAGAUUUGCCUUCUUUUUUAUUAAACUAUGAAAAAGAUCCAACUUUUCUUGACCUAGCAGUGGAUCAGUUUUCUAACCUUGAUCAAGCUGAUUGGAUCCUUUGCAAUUCUUUCUACGAGCUAGACCAAGAGGUGAUUGAUUGGACUAAGAAGAUUUGGCCCAAUUUUAGAACAAUAGGACCAUCCAUUCCAUCCAUGUUCUUAGACAAACGAAUCAAACAUGAUGAAGAUUAUGGUGCAACACAAUACAAAACUGAAGAAUGCAUGGAAUGGCUUAACAAUAAGCCAAAAGGGUCAGUUAUUUAUGUUUCUUUUGGUAGUUUAGCAUCACUCAAUGAGGAGCAAUUAGAAGAAGUAGCUUCUGGUUUAAAAGAUUGUGAAAGUUAUUUCUUAUGGGUAGUUAGACCCUCAGAAGAAACCAAACUCCCCAAAGAUUUUGAAAAAAAGUCACAAAAAGGCUUAGUAGUAACAUGGUGUUCUCAACUAAAAGUUCUAGCUCAUGAAUCUAUAGGAUGUUUUGUAACACAUUGUGGUUGGAAUUCUACGUUGGAAGCAUUGAGUUUAGGUGUUCCAAUUGUUGCAAUGCCACAGUGGUCAGAUCAAGCUACCAAUGCUAAGUUUAUUGUUGAUGUUUGGAAAAUUGGAAUUAGGGUUCCAUGUGAUGAGAAACAAGUUGUGAGAAGAAAUGGAAUGAAGGAAUGUAUAUUGGAAAUUAUGGAUGGUGAGAAAGGAAUAAUUAUUAAGAGCAAUGUCAUGCGAUUGAAGGCUUUGGCGACAAGUGCUGUUGGUGUUGGGGGAAGUUCUUAUCAAAAUAUUACUGAAUUUGUUAAUAGCUUGUUUCAUUUUACAAGCAUUACACAAAGCAACCGGUCACCUGCUUUUAUUUUACAAUAG